AUGGACUACAUCUCACUACAAUUCAUACUCUACAACUGCUAUAUACUUGUCAUUGUUGGCUUUCAUAUACGUGGAUUUCGACAAGUUCUUUUCCAUGAAGACCAUGAGGGGAAUACGAAUAAAAUUGUUAACCUGUUUUUUAGGGUUACUAUAAUCUUCCUGCUCCUCAUUAACAUACCAACGUGUAAUACCUUUAUUUUUGCCGAUCCAUACGAGAUGGAAUACGUGUAUCAAAUGCAGGUCUGGCUCGGGCAGCACAGUUCGAUUUGUACCAUCAUUUUAUUCAUCAACGCUGCAAUGCUGACGGUUCAUUUUUUAGCCUUCAUGCUCUGGGCGGCUUUCCAUAGCUAUUUGACGGUUUUCAAGAAAGAUUGGAACAUCGUCUUCAAUCUGCUUAUUAUCAUCCUGCCCUUCAUUCCUGCGGUUGCCCCAAUCUGUUGGAUUUGCUCGCUAAAGCGCAGCCAGAUCCCGGGCACGACCAAUUACACCAACUACGCCUCGCAAUCGGGCAGCUACUUCAACUUCUUCUGCCUGCCAAUGUUUCAACUAUCUAUGGUGAUUACUGUAGCUUUACAAAUCGCCGAAAUGGCAGUCCAUCUGCUGCGAAGAAGAUUUUCGGAUUGCGCCUGGCCGAUUUUGCGAAUAGCUUUUUGCGGAGGCUUCGUCGUGCUGCAUUGGGCAGUGCUGGAUAUUACACUAACCGAUGACCGCGACUCCAUGGCCAAAUACGCCGCUUUCGUCUGUGGCUACGCGGUAUUCCUAGUGCCGGUGCUAACGGAAUUUGGGAAGGCUUCGUAUAUCGAGGCUGAA